AUGCUCCUGUAUGUCGUCUUAAUUACUUUCGCUGUAGCGGCUGCUCAGCAGUCAGGGUCUGGCAAUAGUUCUGCGUCCAUGAACGGCACGACAUCUGGCGGCAGCUCGAUGCCCAGGGGUAAUAGCACUGGUGGAAUGACAAGCAGCAACAGCUCGAGUUCCGGUAGCAGCCCCGCGACAGGCAACAGCUCCAUGACCAGCAGUGGUAGCGCGAUGUCUGGCAGCAGUUCGAUGACAAGCGGCAACAGCUCAUUGUCCAGCAGUGGUAGUGCAAUGUCUGGCAACGGCUCAAUGGCCAGUAGCAACAUGAUGUCCAUGACCAGCAGUGGUAGCGCGAUGUCUGGCAGCAGUUCGAUGACAAGCGGCAACAGCUCAUUGUCCAGCAGUGGUGGUGCAAUGUCUGGCAACGGCUCAAUGACAAGCGGCAACGGUUCGAUGGCCAGUAGCAACAUGAUGUCCGGCAACAGCCUCAGCCGACCCAGAUCUACAGGUUUGAUGUCUAGCAGUGGGAACGGAACGUCUGGUAACAGUUCCAUGGCUACCAGCUGGAGCGCGAUGCCCUGGUAG